CUUUCAGUCACUCUGGAUGGUGGCGUUGCUUUUCCAGAGGGACUGAUGUCUUCCUGACACCUGCCAGCCGAGGCCAUCAUGGAUUGGAGUGUUGGCACUGUGGAGCUGCUGGGGGUUCUGCUCUCAGCAGGGGGCUGGCUUUGCUCUCUGUGCACAACUAUGAUGCCGUUCUGGCUGACACUCUCCACGGAUCUGCUCCCUACUGAGAGUUUGGAGGUGGGAUUGUGGAAGACCUGCGUUAUUCAGGACAUGGGCCUGCAGGAAUGUCGACCAUACAACAGCCUGCUGGGUCUGCCGCCAGACAUAAAGCUGGCCCGGAUUCUGAUGUGUGCAGCUCUGGGUUUUGGGCUCAUGGGCUCGGUGCUAGCCGUCCUGGGCCUGAACCUGAUCAACAGCUGUUGUCGCAAGGUGGAUGACCAAAGCUUCAAGAAGGUCCUGAAGACAGCAGGUGGGACGUUGAACCUUGCAGCUGGAAUCCUGGUCCUGGUUCCAGUUUCCUACAUAGCUCACCUGACUGUGGUGCGAUUCUUUGAUGAGUCGGUGCCGGAUGUGGUUCCUCGCUGGGAGUUCGGUGAUUCUCUGUUCUGUGGCUGGACGGCUGGAGUUCUGCACCUGGUGGCGGGAACGCUGCUGCUGAUUUCCUCUCUAUAUCUGCAGGAGCAGAACCGGAAUCUACCAGUCCACAUCCCACUGGUCCCAGUGUCGCAGAGACAACGGUCGCUCAGAAUCAAUACUGAGUACAUCUAGAGAAAUAAUCAGGAGAAAGUAUCUGCUUUCACAUUGUUGGAAAUCUGACUUGAUGUAACGAUUUGAAAAGUUAUUUGUGGAAAAUUUCCAAGAUUCUUUCUAUGUGUACAAAGAUGUCUGUUUGUUGGAGCCAAAGAAACAAAAAGCUGCUAUUUCCUGUUUCCUCUCAUUUAACAACCUUCAGCAUUCUAUCUUUAUCUGUAGACACUGUUAACUGACAAUUUAAUCAAGACACAAGGAUACUUUCUGCUUCAUUUUGAUCUUUGAAAACAUCAGUGACUGCAGAUCAGUGCUGGAAAGGUUUGAAGAAAAGAAUAAACUCAAAGAAGUGAAAAAUCACUGUACAGAUUAUCAUGGUUAACAUAAAGCAUUACUACUUAUGACUAAUAUAUAUGUAAUCCAUGCAUGUAAAUACAAUGUAAUGUAAUUGUUACACCACCAGAGGGCUAUAAAUCACCAUCAACAGAGUUAAUUUCCUUCAUAGUUACAAAUAAUCUUGUUUACCUUUCAGCCUAACUAAUAA